AUGGCGGGCAUGCAUCCCAUCCCCCCACCUUGUACUCAGGCGGCCAGUGGGGCGCAUGUCCCCCCAAGCGCGGGAGGCCGGCAGGAGGUGCGCGGCUCUCCCCUAGCACGGGCGGCCAUUGGGGCCAUCUACAACUUCCAAGGCCAAGGUGCCCCGCAGCUGUCGCUGCAGAUCGGAGAUGUGGUGCGAAUACAGGAGACCUGUGGAGACUGGUAUAAGGGACACCUCAUAAAACACAAAAUGUUAGAGGGCAUUUUCCCUAAAUCGUUUAUCCACAUCAAGGAAGUGACAAUUGAGAAAAGAAGAAACACUGAGAACAUCAUCCCAGCAGAAAUUCCUCUGGCACAAGAAGUGACAACAACACUUUGGGAGUGGGGCAGCAUCUGGAAACAGCUCUAUGUGGCUAGCAAAAAAGAGCGCUUCCUCCAGGUGCAGUCCAUGAUGUACGACCUGAUGGAGUGGCGGUCCCAGCUCCUCUCGGGAACAUUGCCCAAGGAUGAGCUAAAGGAGCUGAAGCAGAAAGUCACUUCCAAGAUCGACUAUGGCAACAAAAUUCUUGAAUUGGAUCUCAUUGUCAGAGAUGAGGAUGGGAAUAUCCUGGAUCCUGAUAAUACCAGUGUCAUCAGCUUGUUCCAUGCACACGAAGAAGCAACUGAUAAAAUCACAGAGCGUAUCAAGGAAGAGCUGUCUAAAGACCAGCCGGAUUAUGGAAUGUAUUCUCGCGUUUCCUCCUCCCCAACCCACAGUCUCUAUGUCUUUGUGAGAAACUUUGUCUGCAGAAUUGGGGAAGAUGCUGAGCUCUUCAUGUCACUCUAUGAUCCCAACAAGCAAAUGGUCAUAAGUGAGAACUACCUAGUGCGAUGGGGCAGCAGGGGCUUUCCAAAGGAGAUCGAGAUGCUGAACAAUCUGAAGGUGGUCUUCACGGAUCUGGGAAACAAAGACCUCAACAGGGAGAAAAUUAACUUGAUUUGUCAAAUCGUCCGUGUUGGGAAGAUGGAUCUUAAGGAUACAAAUACAAAGAAAUGCACACAGGGACUGAGGCGGCCCUUUGGAGUGGCAGUUAUGGAUAUAACAGACAUCAUCAAGGGGAAAGCAGAGAGUGAUGAAGAAAAACAGCACUUCAUUCCCUUCCACCCGGUAACAGCUGAGAAUGACUUCCUACACAGCCUGCUGGGCAAAGUCACAGCCUCCAAGGGAGACAGUGGAGGGCAAGGCCUCUGGGUGACAAUGAAGAUGCUGGUGGGUGACAUUGUGCAAAUCCGCAAGGACUAUCCACACCUGGUAGACAGGACCACAGUGGUGGCCAGAAAGCUGGGUUUCCCAGAGAUAAUUAUGCCAGGGGAUGUCAGGAACGACAUCUACAUUACUCUCCUACAAGGUGACUUUGACAAGUACAACAAGACCACGCAGAGGAAUGUGGAAGUGAUCCUGUGUGUGUGCACUGAAGAUGGCAAAACGCUUCCUAAUGCAAUUUGCGUGGGAGCUGGGGACAAGCCCAUGAACGAAUAUCGCUCAGUGGUGUAUUAUCAAGUCAAACAGCCACGUUGGAUGGAAACAGUCAAGGUGGCUGUCCCUAUUGAAGACAUGCAGAAGAUCCAUCUGCGAUUCAUGUUUCGACACCGGUCCUCUCUGGAAUCUAAGGAUAAAGGGGAAAAGAACUUUGCCAUGUCCUACGUGAAGUUGAUGAAGGAGGAUGGAACCACUCUACAUGACGGAUGUCACGACUUGGUUGUCUUAAAGGGGGACAGCAAGAAGAUGGAGGAUGCCAGCGCAUACCUGACUCUUCCUUCUUACCGACACCAUGUGGAAAACAAGGGAUCCACCUUGAGCCGAAGCUCUAGUAGUGUUGGGGGGCUCUCUGUCAGCUCCCGGGAUGUGUUCUCUAUUUCCACCCUGGUGUGCUCUACAAAGCUCACCCAGAAUGUGGGCUUGCUGGGUUUGUUGAAGUGGCGCAUGAAACCUCAACUGCUACAAGAGAAUUUAGAAAAAUUGAAGAUUGUGGACGGAGAAGAAGUAGUAAAGUUUCUCCAAGACACUCUGGAUGCCCUCUUUAACAUCAUGAUGGAACAUUCUCAAAGUAAUGAGUAUGACAUCCUCGUCUUUGAUGCACUGAUCUACAUAAUAGGACUCAUUGCUGACCGGAAGUUCCAGCAUUUCAACACUGUCCUGGAGGCUUACAUUCAACAGCAUUUCAGUGCUACCUUGGCUUACAAGAAAUUGAUGACUGUUCUGAAGACUUACUUGGAUACUUCCAGCAGAGGAGAGCAAUGUGAGCCGAUCCUAAGAACCCUGAAAGCUUUGGAAUAUGUGUUCAAGUUCAUUGUUCGGUCGAGGACAUUAUUUUCACAGCUUUACGAAGGCAAAGAACAGAUGGAGUUUGAAGAAUCUAUGAGACGGCUCUUUGAAUCCAUCAACAACCUGAUGAAAAGUCAGUAUAAAACCACCAUCCUUUUGCAGGUGGCAGCUCUGAAAUACAUCCCAUCUGUCCUCCAUGAUGUGGAAACGGUCUUUGAUGCAAAGUUACUCAGCCAAUUGCUGUAUGAGUUCUAUACCUGCAUCCCCCCCGUGAAACUCCAGAAGCAGAAAGUACAGUCCAUGAAUGAGAUCGUCCGCAGCAACCUCUUUAAAAAGCAAGAAUGUCGUGACAUCCUGCUUCCUGUCAUCACCAAAGAACUGAAGGAACUGCUGGAGCAGAAAGAUGAGAUGCUACUCCAGGUCCAGGAGAAGAAGUACUGUGUUGAGUUGCUGCACAGCAUCUUAGAGGUCCUCAGUUGUCAGGACGCGCUCUUCACUUACCACCACAUCCAAGAGAUCAUGGUCCAGCUGCUGCGCACAGUGAAUCGGAUGGUCAUCACAAUGGGCCGGGAUCACCUUCUGAUUAGUCAUUUUGUGGCAUGUAUGACAGCCAUCUUAAAUCAGAUGGGUGACCAGCACUAUUCCUCCUACAUCGAGACCUUCCAGACCAGCUCUGAGCUUGUGGACUUUUUGAUGGAAACAUUCAUCAUGUUCAAGGACCUCAUUGGGAAGAAUGUGUACCCAGUAGACUGGAUGGCUAUGAGCAUGGUUCAGAACAGGGUCUUCUUAAGGGCUAUCAACAAAUUUGCAGAGACUAUGAACCAGAAGUUUCUGGAACACACUAACUUUGAGUUUCAGCUGUGGAACAACUAUUUUCAUCUGGCAGUGGCUUUUAUCACCCAGGAUUCGCUGCAGCUGGAACAGUUCUCACACGCCAAGCACAACAAAAUCCUGGAUAAGUACGGGGACAUGAGACGGUUAAUUGGCUUCUCCAUCCGAGAUAUGUGGUACAAGCUUGGCCAGAACAAAAUCUGCUUCAUCCCCGGCAUGGUGGGGCCCAUAUUAGAGAUGACGCUCAUCCCGGAGACUGAGUUGCGGAAAGCCACCAUACCAAUCUUCUUUGACAUGAUGCUGUGUGAAUAUCAAAGGAGCGGGGAUUUCAAAAAGUUUGAAAAUGAAAUCAUCCUCAAGCUGGACCAUGAAGUGGAAGGAGGCCGAGGGGACGAGCAGUACAUGCAGCUGCUGGAGUCGAUCCUGAUGGAAUGUGCUGCAGAACACCCAGUUAUCACCAAGUCUGUAGAGAACUUUGUCAACUUGGUCAAAGGCCUCCUGGAGAAGCUGCUGGAUUACCGGGGCGUGAUGACGGAUGAGAGCAAAGACAACCGCAUGAGCUGCACUGUCAACCUGCUGAAUUUCUACAAAGAUAACAAUCGUGAAGAGAUGUAUAUAAGGUACCUGUACAAACUCCGUGAUCUGCACCUGGAUUGUGACAACUACACUGAGGCUGCCUACACGCUGCUUCUCCACACCUGGCUUCUCAAGUGGUCAGAUGAGCAGUGCACCUCGCAGGUCAUGCAGACAGGCCAGCAGCACCCCCAGACCCAUCGGCAGCUGAAGGAGACGCUGUAUGAGACCAUCAUUGGCUACUUUGACAAAGGAAAGAUGUGGGAAGAGGCCAUCAGUCUGUGCAAGGAGCUGGCGGAGCAGUAUGAGAUGGAAACCUUUGACUAUGAGCUGCUCAGCCAGAACCUGAUCCAGCAGGCAAAGUUCUAUGAGAACAUCAUGAAAAUCCUGAGGCCCAAACCAGACUACUUUGCUGUUGGAUACUAUGGUCAGGGAUUUCCCUCAUUUUUGCGGAAUAAAGUAUUCAUCUACCGGGGGAAGGAGUACGAGCGAAGAGAAGAUUUCCAGAUGCAGCUGAUGAGCCAAUUCCCCAACGCAGAGAAAAUGAACACAACCUCUGCCCCUGGGGAUGAUGUGAAGAAUGCCCCAGGCCAGUACAUCCAGUGUUUCACCGCCCAGCCUGUCUUGGAUGAACAUCCCAGGUUCAAGAACAAGCCAGUACCUGACCAGAUUAUAAAUUUUUACAAAUCCAACCAUGUGCAAAAGUUCCACUACUCCCGGCCUGUGCGCAGGGGAACCGUCGACCCUGAGAAUGAAUUUGCUUCAAUGUGGAUCGAGAGGACCUCCUUCGUGACUGCUUACAAGCUGCCAGGAAUCCUGCGCUGGUUCGAGGUGGUCCACAUGUCCCAGACCACAAUUAGUCCUCUGGAGAACGCCAUUGAGACCAUGUCCACGGCCAAUGAGAAGAUCCUGAUGAUGAUAAACCAAUACCAGAAUGACGAGAGCCUCCCCAUCAACCCACUCUCCAUGCUUCUGAAUGGAAUCGUGGACCCUGCUGUCAUGGGAGGCUUCGCCAAGUAUGAGAAGGCCUUCUUCACGGAAGAGUACGUCAGGGACCACCCUGAGGACCAGGACAAGCUGAGCCGCCUCAAGGACCUGAUUGCGUGGCAGAUCCCCUUCCUGGGAGCUGGCAUCAAGAUCCACGAGAAAAGGGUGUCGGAAAACCUGCGACCCUUCCACGACCGCAUGGAGGAAUGUUUCAAGAACCUGAAAGUGAAAGUGGAAAAGGAAUACGGUGUCAGAGAGAUGCCUGAUUUUGAGGAUAGGAGAAUGGGCCGCCCCAGGUCAAUGCUGCGCUCCUACCGGCAGAUGUCCAUCAUCUCUCUGGCUUCCAUGAACUCUGACUGCAGCACUCCCAGCAAGACCACCUCGGAGAGCUUCAACCUGGAACUGGGGCCACCCAAGACCCCAAAAGCAGAGCAGGACGAGCCCAUCCCACCAGGAACCACACUGGCUGAGGUCAAGCUGCGGAGGUCCAAGAAGAGAAAUAAGAGGAGCAGCGUGGUGUUUGCGGAUGAGAAGGCAGCGGCCGACUUGGACAUGAAGCGGCUUUCCAGGAAGCACGAGUUCAUGAGUGACACCAACCUCUCGGAGCAUAUGACCAUUCCCCCCAGGGCGUCCAUCUCUCAGAUGAGCUUUGCCAGCCAGUCCAUGCCCACCAUUCCAGCCCUCACAGUCUCAGUGACGGGCAUGCCUGGGCUGGACGAGGCCAACACUUCCCCCCGCCUCAGCCAGACCUUCCUCAACCUCUCAGACGGAGACAAGAAGACACUUAAAAGGAAGAAAGUAAAUCAAUUCUUCAGGACCAUGCUGGCCAGCAAAUCGUCUGAAGAAGGGAAGCAGAUACCUGACUUCAUGUCCACCGACCUGUGAAAGGGCUGCUGACCAAGGCAGCA